AUGGGACCUCAGAAAGAUCGUUGUUGUUCUAUUGAUCGUGGUAGGAGGAUUGCGAGAGAGAUGAGGGAGAAUGAGAGAGAGAGGGCGAGGGAGAGCGAAAAAGUGAGGAAGCGGGAGAGGGAGAGCGAGAAGGAGAAGGAGAGCGAGAGGAAAAGGGAGAAGGAGAGCGAGAAGGCGAGGAAAAGAGAGAUGAAAAAGGAGAAAAAAAGGCAGAAAAAAAGGGAGAGGGAAGCGCGAAGGUCUCGCAUCGUGUCGAAGUUGUCGAAGGUGUUUAGGUUUGUAGGAGGGCGGGCGGAUUAG